GACAGUGGAAAUGUCAGACAUGUCAACCAAGAGAAAAGUCGUGAUUAUCUUCAAGACUCGGACGAUAAAUUUCUUUUUACUGUCAACACAAGCUCGGGUAAACAUCCAGAAACGCAAGUACAGAUUGGACACACUAAAGUAAACAUUCUGAUUGAUUCCGGAGCCUCUGUUAACCUUCUGAACUACCCAAUUUUUCAACAAAUUCAGAAAGACGACAACCGUAUCCAGUUACAAAAGACCAAUGCCAGAAUCUUUGCAUAUGGAACACCAACACCACUCGAGUUAGCCGGAGAAUUUCAAGCUACCGUCACCUCAGCAUCAGGUACAUUCAAAACUGCUAAGUUUUAUGUAGCACAAAAGAAAUCUAAGUGUAUUCUUGGAUAUGAAUCAUCUUCCUCAUUGGGACUUAUCAUCCUCAACAUCAACACCCUCAACCCGGUUCAACAAGAUCAUGAUGUACGUCGCAUUAUCAACAAACAUCCAAAGCUAUUUGAAGGAACGGGAAAUCUCAAGGGACGUGAAGUGAAGCUCGAAAUUGACCCAACAGUAACCCCGGUCGCACAAACAAAUCGGAAAAUUCCACACAGCAUGAAAACCAAAGUAAACAAAAAGCUGCAGGAGAUGAGAGAAGAAGGGAUAAUCGAGAAAGUUGAGGGAGCAACGCCUUGGUUAUCACCGUUGAUAGCCAUCCCAAAGAAGAGUGGGGACCUCCGACUAGUGUUAGACAUGCGUAUACCUAACACAGCACUUGCAAGACGGCGCGUACAAAUUCCUACAGUCAACGAGAUACUUCAAAAGAUGGAGGGAGCAAAAGUCUUUACAGAGGUUGACCUGUCGCAAGGUUAUCUUCAACUGCCCUUGGCAGAGGAAUCCCGUCAUAUUACAGCAUUUUCAACUCCUGAAGAUGGUCCGCAUAGAUUCACCAGGCUGAUAAUGGGAGCAUCACCAUCUGGAGAACACUUUCAUGAGAUUAUCCACGAGCUCAUCAAAGAGGUACCAGAUUGUGCCAACAUCUCUGAUAACAUUUGGCUAUGGUCCAAAGACAGAGAAACACACCUCAAGCGGCUAGACCAGCUCCUCACAAUCCUGAGAACCAAUGGCAUCACACUGAAACUACCAAAGUGUUCGUUCGCAGUACCGCAGAUAAACGUGUUUGGUCAUAUCGUGUCCGAGAAAGGAAUCAGACCAGAUAGCACCAAAGUCGAAGCCAUAACAAAUGCUCCACAUCCUACCACAGCAUCGGAAGUCAGAUCCUUCCUUGGCCUCACCAAUUAUUGUUCGAGAUAUAUACCCGACUACAGCAGCCUAACCUUCCCACUUCGACAGCUCACAAAGAAGAAUGUCACGUUUCACUGGGAUCACAGUCACGAGAAAGCACUCCAGUCACUGAAGAAUGCCAUCACCACUUCACCAGUAUUAGCUCAUUACAAUCUUACUGCGGAAACUAAAGUCGUAGUAGAUGCAUCGCCAUGGGCACUGGGUUCCGUACUUCUCCAGAAACAAGCCGACGACAAUUAUCGACCAAUCGCGUACGGUAGCAGAUCGCUAACAGAUGUCGAACAGAAGUAUGGUCACAUAGAGAAAGAAGGAUUAGCAAUCGUAUUCGGAUGUGAACACUUUCACAUGUACCUAUAUGGACGUAGUUUUGAAUUGGAGACAGACCACCGACCUUUAGAGCAUAUCUACAAGGCAAAGCUUCAAAGCAAACCAACAUCAGCCAGACUCGAAAGAUGGAGACUUCGACUCCAAGAGUACGACUUCCACGUUAUCUACCGACCUGGCCCAUCCAAUCUGGCCGAUCCUUUGUCUCGACUCCCGAAAGAUGGAAAAGAGGGAAGCAAGAGGAGCAACAUGGAGGCUUGCGCUGACCGAUAUGUUCAUUACAUGACACAAGCACAGACACCGAAUGCCAUGAAAUUAGAAGACAUACAAAGAGAAACAUUAGCAGAUCCGGAACUCCAGCAGAUUAAACAGAACUUGCAAAAUAAUCAAGUAUACAAACUUCCGAAAGCAUAUAAGCUCAUCGCUCAUGAGCUCUGCAUCACAGAUCAAGAUAUCUUACUUCGGGGUGAUCGCAUUGUUCUUCCUAACAAGCUGAGACAACAAACAAUUAGCCUUGCACACGAGGAUCAUACAGGUAUGGUCCGCUGCAAACAACGCCUGCGCUCCAAGCUUUGGUGGCCAGAGAUGGACAAGCAGGUUGAAGAACGAAUUCGAUGCUGUCAUCCAUGUCAACUUGUCAGUAAGAGCCCGCGACCAGAGCCAAUGGAACCAACUAAGCUUCCUAAGAAACCAUGGUCGAAGCUAGCCAUAGACGUAUGUGGACCAUUUCCCACUGGAGAACAAGUAGUUGUCCUUACUGACUAUUAUUCGCGCUGGCCAGAAGUCAAAAUCUUAAAAUCAGUCACGUCCAAAAACAUUCUCGACUGGUUAUUAUCGGUAUUUGCAACUCACGGAUUUCCAGAUGAAAUAAAGUCCGACAACGCAUCCUACUUUGUUUCUACCGAGUUCAAGGAUACAUUAACCUCUUGGGGAAUAGAACAUAAGACGGUGACGGAAUAUUGGCCGCAAGCAAAUGGGCAAGUUGAGAGAUUUAAUCAAGUUCUCGAGAAACACAUCCUAACCGCACAGGCGGAAGGAAAAGCGUGGAAACCCACCAUUCCAAUCAUGCUACUCCACUACCGCAAUACUCCUCAUAGAAUGACCGGAAGAACACCUUCGUCAUUGCUAAUGAACCGAGAAGUCAAGACGAAACUUCCUAGUUUUGAACAACAGACAAACGAUGAAACUGAAACUCGCAAGAAAGAUGAAGAGGAGAAAGAGAAAGCGAAGAAAUAUACCGACAAGAAGCGAAAAGCAAGUCCAAGAAAUCUUGAAGUCGGAAAUAAAGUACUAGUUACUCAAAAACAUCGAAACAAAUUUACGACAAAGUUUCAUCCUGAUCCAAUGGUAAUCACCAAAAUAAACGGCACGCAGAUAGUGUUAAAAGACAAGAAUGGCACACAACAUCGCAGAAACUCAUCGCAUGUCAAGUUAUACCAGGAAAUUCCUGAUCCUGAAGAAGAAAUCCAGAGUGAUCGCAAGCAUGACAGACAAACGGAAAGUCGCGAAGAAAACACCGAAGCAACUCAAACAGAAACCAACCAGAAUACUACAGAAACGGAAAUUGUUCUACGUAGAUCAACGAGAAAUAGAAAACAACCAGACUAUCUAAAAGUAGGUUAA